AGCCGCUUCCUUCCCCCCCGCCAGCGCCAGUUCCUCUCCCGGUGGGGCCCGGGAAGGGCAACGAACGCUUGACGCCGCGGAGGCGGCCGCCGGACCAUGGCCCAGCUCCGAGGGGCCGCGGACCCCGCGCCCCAGGCCUCCCUCGCGCCCACCCCGCAGCCGCGCGACUCGAGAGCGGACACCGCUAGCCUGGGCAGGUACCGGGGCGCCGCCGCCGCCUCCCGGGAACCCCACUUCCAGGGCCUGCUGACGCUCUCCGGAGCGGGCUCGGGGCGCCGGCGGGGGCCGCGGAGGGAGCUGCCCGGGCAGCAGGGGGCGGCUCCUGCCGGGCGGCCGUCGGAGGAGCGCGCUGAGGAGCCGUCCCCGGGCGGGUCCGCGGGCAGCGGGCUGUGCCUGGAGCCGCGGGAGCACACGUGGAUCCUGGCGGCCGCCGAGGGCCGGUUUGAGGUGCUGCGGGAGCUGCUGGAGGCGGAGCCGGGGCUGCUGCUGCGGGGCGACCCGAUCACCGGCUACAGCGUGCUGCACUGGCUGGCCAAGCACGGCCGCCACGAGGAGCUCAUUCUGGUGCACGAUUUCGCCCGGCUCCGGGGACUGCCGCUCGACGUGAGCUCCGCGGGCAGCGGCGGCCUCACGCCCCUCCACCUGGCCGCGCUGCAGGGCCACGACAUGGUCAUCAAGGUGCUAGUGGGCGCCUUGGGAGCUGACCCCACGCGCCGCGACCACAGCGGCCACCGGGCCUACCACUACUUGCGUCCCGACGCUCCCCAGAGUCUGCGGGAACUGUCGGGGGCCGAGGACUGGGAGCCGGCGCGGGGCAGCGACCGCCACAACACCAACAACAACAGCAGCGGCGCCGCUGCGUGGCCGCCUCGACGGACCCCAAGCGCUGCGGGCGCCACGGCCGUGGAGACCCAUAACAGAGCGGCGACCCCGCUGGCCAGAGUGAAAGACGCCGCGGGCAGCAGGGUGGCGCAAAUCCAUGGCCUCUUCCGCCAUCUGUUCCCCUUCUUCCAAGACCGUUGAGGGCGACAGAGAUAAGAGAGCCAGGAGUGGUGAGGCCUCAUCCUCGGCGGUUUCUGCCACAGAAGGAGAGGCGCCUCUGACGCAGCUUGGACCUGUGAGGAGCAAAUGAUACCGGCCCGACUCAGGUACCCGUCACAGGCCUCUUGAAGCCGCCAGCCAGAAGGACUAGGGCAGCCCUAAUGGAGGGAGAGCCCAGGAUCAAACCCAAAAGGUUCGCGACCGACAAAUUAAGAUCAGGGAGCUAGUCCUGCUUGGGAGAGGAAACAGCUUCAGCAGCCAUUUCUGAGCAGGCAGAAGCGCUGGUUUAUUAGGAAGCAUUCGCCAGAAAAAUGAGUUAAAACUGUAAACCACUGAUGCAGAGGAAAUGCCCCACUGCCUGCCUAACUCUGCAUUGUUGAGUCUCACUGCACGGGUGGUCAGCCCCUGGUGAUGGAUGCCUUGGCAACCCGGGCCUUCCCACUACUGUUCUGUGAUGUCGCAGGUGACUUCUUAAGUAUAUUAAAGUGCAAUCGUUUCUCCUUUCACAUGA